UCGCUCCAAGUUCCCUCCCUCGCUCUCCGGCGAAGCCUGCCUGAGCCCUCCCACUCGGUGCAGAGCGAACCUUUGCGGCGGCCGCCAGCCCGCGCUCUCCACGGCCUCGCGUCCUGGGCCCCCUCGGCCAGCCCCAGCCGCUCAGCCCGCGGCCCCGCGGAGGCGGCGGCGAGGACUCGGCGGCCCCUGCGGCGGGCGCUCAGCCCUCCGGCGGCCCGGACCUGUCUCUCGCGGGCCCCGACCCUCCUUCCCCGCGGUCCCCGAGAGCCUGGCACCCGGCUCGGGCCGCAGCGCCCCGGGGCCGAAGAGCGCGGCCGAGGUAUUUCAUGCUGCAGAGAGUACUUUAAGAUAGGAAAGAUUCCCUGUGACUUCUGCCUACCUUCCGUAAGAUCCACGUUCCUCUUCCAACUCUGCCUGCAGUUGAGCACAAAGAGCUGGAGGAGACUCCCACAUCCUUCGGGGAGAAGAAAGGAGGCAGCGAAGCGGAUUAAAGGAACUUGUGGCUUGUGGCCUUUUUGCACAGGGGCUGCCUGGAAGGGGGAAAGUGAAUUAAAGCCACAGUGGCGGUUAAUGAGCUGUGAGAUGAGGCGCUGCCGCUGCUGACGCUCAGAUUCCAGGAUCCGUCUGCCGCCCUUUGUGCUUCAUGUACAUGUGUCUAUUCAGCGCAUCCGGAGGCGCCCAGAAGAGAAUCCAACACGGCUGCCGGGGAGAGACCACCCACCAUGCCCACGGAGACCCUACAGACAGGUAGCAUGGUGAAACCGGUCAGCCCCGCCGGCACCUUCACCUCGGCGGUCCCCCUGCGCAUCCUCAACAAAGGGCCCGACUACUUUCGCAGGCAGGCCGAGCCCAACCCCAAAAGACUCAGCGCCGUGGAGAGGCUGGAAGCGGAUAAGGCCAAGUAUGUCAAGAGUCAGGAGGUCAUCAACGCCAAGCAGGAGCCCGUGAAGCCGGCCGUGCUGGCCAAGCCCCCGGUGUGCCCCGCCGCCAAGCGCGCCCUGGGCAGCCCCACGCUCAAAGUGUUCGGCAACAGCGCCAGGACCGAGAGCGGCGUGCAGAGGGAGAACCUGAAGCUCGAGAUCCUGAAGAACAUCAUCAACAGCUCGGAAGGCUCCAGCUCCGGCUCGGGUCACAAGCACAGCUCCCGAAACUGGCCGCCCCACAGGCCCGACGCCACCGACCUGCACCGGCACUCCUUCGCCGAGUCCCUGAAGGUCUACCCCACGCAGGGCCGCGGCAGCCCGCAGGAGAGCGGCUCCCACGUGGGCAGGAGGCUGCUGGAGCAGUCGGCCGAGUCCUUCCUCCACGUCUCCCACAGCUCCUCGGACAUCCGCAAAGUGACCAGUGUUAAGCCCUUAAAAGCGAUCCCCUGCAGUAGCUCCGCCCCUCCCCUGCCUCCCAAACCCAAGGUCGCCGCCAUCGCCACCAUGAAGUCUCCCGAAGCCGACCCUGUGGAACCAGCUUGUGGAGUCAGCCGCAGACCCUCCCUCCAGCGGUCUAAGUCAGACUUGAGUGACAGAUAUUUCCGGGUGGACGCAGACGUGGAGAGGUUCUUCAACUACUGCGGACUGGACCCCGAAGAGCUGGAAAACCUCGGAAUGGAAAACUUUGCAAGGGCUAAUUCUGACAUCAUAUCCCUCAACUUCCGCAGCGCAAGCAUGAUCAGCUCAGACUGUGAACAGUCUCAGGACAGUAACAGUGACCUUAGAAAUGAUGACAGUGCCAAUGACCGGGUGCCAUAUGGCAUUUCUGCCAUCGAAAGAAAUGCUAGGAUCAUCAAGUGGUUAUAUAGCAUCAAACAAGCUAGAGAGUCACAGAAGGUCUCCCACGUGUAAGAGAAAGUGCGUGUGGAGGAGGGAGGGGUGGGUCUCUGUCUGUGCAUCCGCAGUUGUGAAGGUUGUGAGGUCUCCUUGAAGUGUUGUGAGCUUCUCCACUCUCUUUGUGUUGCUUGUUGUGCAAUGUUUUCAAGUUGCAUGCCUGUCAACAUGGGGACUGACCUGGCUUCCGCAUCAACCAUCGCUGCCGAGCCUGGCUGAACACAGUCAUCUGCCAAAAGUUUCCGGCGAGAAUCUAAUUAGGGCUUCAAUCUUAAGCAAAACUGUUUACACGAAAACAGUAUACAACUUCUUCAAUAUUUAUGUGGUUCUUGUGUUUUUAUAUCCCGCGCUAUUGUGUCUUAAUUAAAAGUUUUAUCAACUGGC